UAUAUGUAGUAAAAAUGGCAAAGAAUACCCUAAGGAAACAAACACUGACUUAUUUAUUGGGGGUAUGUGUACCUUCUAGUAAACAAAAUGCUGCUAAAAUACGAAUACGUCGAAUGGACUUCGAUGAUCACCUUUUAACGUAUUUCACUAAAUACGAAUUUGUUUAUGCUGCCGAUACUAAAAAGUGUUGUAAAACAGGUGAUACUGUUUUAAUACAAAAUUUACCGGACAAAUUAACACGCGUCAUUACUCACAAAGUUGUUGAUGUCAUUUAUCCACUAGGUGAUAUUAUAGAUCCUGUAACUGGUAAAAAGGUUGUUGUAGGAAAGUAUAGGGACACUGUACAUGAAGAUGCCAAACUUUUUGGAGAAUUAAAAUCUAUGUAUCAACAUGAUGAACUACCAAAAAGGGGAAGUAUGGAAAACAAAAGAGAUUUCACAAGCAAAAAGGUUUAUGUCAAGCACAAUAAAGAUGCACAGGAUUCUGAUCCAUAUGCUGUGGAUCCACUGUAA